ACUUAUCAACCAAAUAUACUAAUGAAAUUGACUAAAAUGUAUACUUAAUUUGAGUAUAUAAAGUACUCACAUUCAUCCUAGAUACUACGUUAAAGUAAAUUAAUCUGUAGAUGUAACUAAACGUAUUUUAUAUUUUAUUUUUUAAAAUGCAGUUUCAUCUAAAGCUAUUGGUCCAUUUCCAUUCCCGAAAUCAUUAUAUUUUGUCUCGGUUACCAGAUUGUCCACUUUUAAUAUAUUGAUUGAUAAUAUGAAAAGUUUUGGAGAUACGAUGAGCUGCACUUGCUGAUUCGUUGUUACUUAGUAAUAUAUUCUUUACGUGAAGUGGGUGCUCUUCACAUCAUGCAACCAUGAACAAAUCGGCAUAUACUUCAUAAUACAUACACACGCCAACAUGUGUUAAUUAUAUUAUUAUAUUUUGAAACUGUAUCUUAUAAGAAAAAGCAGACUUUCAGUUUACAGGUUUUUUGGACAAACUAUAGUCUAUAGUAUACUAGUUGGUAAUACGUGCGAUGCGAAUGUGCAUGUUUCUUGAAAAUGUAAAAAUCAUCAAUCUACAAGACUACAAGCAUUAUCACCUUACUUGCACUCAUCCGUUCUAACAUAUAUAACUAACAAAGUUAAAUUAAUUUAGACAUGCAUACGUGAUACGUCGUUUAGUAUUUUAUUCAGUUACAGUCCAUAAAUAAGUCAUUGAUGUUACUACGUUGGUUGAAGUUCAUAGAUCGAUCGAUUUCCGAUCCGAUCAACUCUUUCUUUCUUUUACUUUUUUUUUUCCUUGUUUUAUACAAGAUAUGUGUGGUCAUUACGGAAUUCUACUAUAUUUUUUAUUAAUUUUCAAUCUAAGAGAUGAGGACUUGGUCAUUAUUUAGCAUUACCAAAAUUAUUGUCUUAAGUCUAGAGCUAGGGAAUAAGUCGUCGUCUUACUCUUACGACAAAUUAGUUGGACUUAAAGUUUUUUUUUUUCUGGUAUCAAUUUCAAAAAUUAAUUCGAAUAGUGUAUUUAUUAAUUACACCAACAUGUAUGUACGUAGAGAUGAGUACGUAUACGUAUUAGAAAUAUGCCAAGACGAUACUAAUUAUUAAAAUAAAAUAAAAAGAAAAGAGAUGGAGUGGAGUAAUGGUAGAGAGAGACGACGAAGAGAGAGCCGUAGAUUCCGUGAGAGCCAGGCUUGCACUAUCAUUAUUUUACGCAUUCGUUCACCCAAAGUAAUCUCUUCUACCAUUUUUUUCUUUCUUAUCUUUUGAUAUUUUCUCAAAGAUGGUAACAUAGAGGAUUACAACUAAUUUUCGUAAUUUACUGAAAUAUUUUCAAGCAUAAAAAUAGCGUGUCUAGUUAGACUUCAAUCUUUAUUUUCCAUUCACAAUAAUGUCAAAUUUAAUGUCAAUAAGUACAGAAAAUAUCGAGCUAGAGGUUAGAUCCGGAUUAUUAAAAACAAUUUGAAUCUAUAGUUUACCACAUGUAGUUAUUAAUAUAUUUUUUAAAACAUGUAGUUCUUUCAACAGAACCAAUCCAAAAAUAAGUUGUUAUACAGAGUAAAUUAAAGGGAUAAUGAAGAGACAAAAUACACAUCACUCAAGUAAUUGUCUAAAUUUACACAUUUUUUGUUAUGUUUUUGUCUCUCUCUCUCUCUCCUCUCUCUAGCUCUUGUGUAUUGUGAUGAGUUUGCCAAGUUGGGAAGAUUGUAAUAGAGACAAUAACAGAAGUACUAAAAUUUUAGAGGCUGCAAAAAGACAAGUCCAACAUAUUCCACACACUUGAGAAUGUGGUGUCUCUCUUUGACUCCUCUCCCUAAAUCACUCUCUAUUUAUGUAUGCAUCUUUUCAAUCCACACACAUCUCUCUUAACACACAAAUACAUAUUUAUAUAUAUGUAAUCCUUAAAGCUGAUCAUCUCCAUCUUCAAUUUCAAUUCUCUCUAUAUCAUCUUUUCCAAUUGAUCAAUUUCAAUAGUACCUCCCUUUCUUCCUGAUCUCUCUAUAUAGCCAAUGGAAGCAGCUGCGGAGGCUGUAUCAGCCGCUAGGGAGCAAUCAUUGAUCCUUAAAGGGAAACGGACUAAGCGGCAACGUCCGCAGUCCCCAAUCCCUUUCUCUAUCAUCCCUCCUUUGUCUUCGCAUGAACCGGAUGCUGAAGAAGAGUCCACUAGUCUUAUUUCCAAGGAGAAGAGUCUCAAUGAUGAGAUCAACAACAAUAACAACAAGAAUGAUAACAAUACUUUGAUCAAUGAUGUUACAUCUUCAUCUUCUGCCUCUUCAUCUUCCAACAAAAAUGCCACAUUAAAGGCCACGGCUGACGAGGAAGAUCAAGAUAUGGCUAAUUGUUUGAUCCUUCUCGCCCAAGGCCACUCUCUUCCCCACCACCAACCGCAACCGCACCCGCAACAACAAACAAGACAGCUUAUGAUAAGUUACCAGGAAUCCGGUAAUAACAACAACGCGUAUAGAUCUAGCAGCAGGAGGUUUCUAGAGACACCUUCAUCUAAUGGGACCACAACGAAUGGUGGUGGAGGCAAAGCUGGUUACUAUGUUUACCAGUGCAAAACAUGUGACCGGACUUUUCCGUCUUUCCAAGCUCUUGGCGGCCAUAGAGCCAGCCACAAGAAGCCUAAAGCCGCCACGGGUCUUCACUCCAACCAUGACCACAAGAAAUCUAUCUACGAUGACGCCGUUUCUCUCCAUCUCAACAACGUUAUCACCACAACUCCUAACAACAAUAGUAACCAUAGAUCGCUUGUGGCAUACGGUAAAGCUAGUAAUAAUAAGGUCCAUGAAUGUGGGAUAUGUGGAGCCGAAUUCACAUCCGGGCAAGCAUUAGGUGGUCACAUGAGACGCCAUAGAGGUGCAGUGGUGGCCGCAGCAGCCGCCUCUACCGCCACAGUAGCGGUUGCAGCCACUCAGGCUACUGCAAACACGGCUUUGUCAUUGUCGCCUAUGUCGUUUGAUCAGAUGUCGGAUGGUCCGGUUCAGGCUCCGGUUAAGAGAGCAAGGAGCGCGGUUGUGUCGUUAGAUUUAGAUCUGAAUCUACCUGCCCCGGAAGAUGAGAAUCGGGUCAACGGAUUAAGCUUUGCUUCAAAGCAAGAACACGAACAAGAACAUGAACAAACACAACAGAAGAAACAGAGAGAAGAACAAAAGUCUCUUGUCUUGUCAUCCCCUCCUACAUUGGUGGAUUGCCAUUACUGAAAUCAAAAUUCAAUACCUAAAAUUUAUUUAUUAAAAAAUUUAAGCAGAAAUUGAUGAACCAGUUUUUAAGAAAGUUACUGAUUCCUUGCUUUGUACAAGACUUGCAAGAUUCUUCUCUCUCUCUUUUUUUUUUUCCUUUCUUACUUCCUUAAUUUCCUAAGAAAACUAAAUAUUAUACAAUUAUAUAUACUCCCAUUAGGCAUAAUGCAGAUGCUUUGUAACUACAUCCAAAGUUAAUGUAAUUAAGAUCUUUUGGUUACACAAUAUAAAUAAUAAAAUACCA